GCCUUUAGUAUUCUAUCGUAAUACUCAGAAAGAAGAGCUUAGUGUAGCAAUAUGGACAGAAAACUGACUUAUUUUCAUUUAAAUGGAUAUGCAGAAUCAAUCAGAUAUAUGUUGCAUUAUGCGGGACUGGAAUUCCAAGACAUAAGAUUAGAGAGAGCAAGUUGGCCUAUCAAGGAAAUUAAAGACGGUAAGUCUACACAACAUUUUUUGACCUGGGCCGACUUCGUGCUAGUCGGAAUUAUUGAGACUGCCAACUUGUUCCUCAAUGCUCAGGUUGAGAAGAAGUACCCUUCGAUCGUCGCCCUCAUCAACCACAUUCGCUCUCUUCCCGGAGUCAAAGAAUAUAUCGCCACCAGAAAGCCAUACUCUGUCUAGGUUAAAAUAAAUUUAUUUGAAGAUCUUAAGAUAUCACAGUAAAAUCUUAUUUUAAGUU